CUGAAAACAUGAGUCCUACUCCCCUUGCUUUCUGUAAAAGACAAAACAACAAACCGUUGCAAGGAUCCUUGAGUGCUUUUCCCACUUCAAGUUUUUCAAUUGUGGGGUUCUUCUUUUUUGAGCCUUUUCCUCGACGCCUAAACCUCAAAAAAAGAUUGAGAAUCUGGUUUCUUUUUUCAUCCUCUUUUUUCCCCAUUCACACACCUCCUUUUUCAAUUUCUUACUCUCUUUAUUUUCUUGAAAUUUUGGCUUUGUGAAUCUUGGUAUUUGCGACUGAAAUUCACCCGCCCUUUUUUUUGGUUUCUGGUUUAUGAAGAAGAAAAUUUGUGUUUCUUGAAAAGGAGGAGUUGGGCUUGCUUGAUUCUUGUUCAUGGAGGAGAAGCUCUUGACUCUGGGCUCAGAGGGAUGGCUGUUUGGACUGAUUCAGACCUUUUCUUGCUGAGAAAUAAAAGUCUUGUCGAUAAGGCAUCCGAAUCCAACAUGUGAUGGCGGACUAUAGCACAGUCACGUCCGAGGUUGAUGUUUCUGCUCUAAAGGACACACUCUGUGCUCAGCAAGAGCUUCUUCAGAAGCUUUACAAGGAGUUGGAUGCGGAAAGAGAAGCUUCCGCCUCUGCAGCUAGCGAAGCUUUAUCGGUUAUAUUGCGCCUACAAGGAGAAAAGGCUGCAGUGAAAAUGGAAGCUGAGCAGUAUAAGAGACUCUCCGAGGAGAAGAUUUGUCAUGCAGAGGAAUCUUUAGAGAUAUUUGAAGAUAUUAUCUAUCAGAAAGAAAUGGAGCUGGCUUCUUUAGAUUACCAAGUCCAGGCGUAUAGGUAUAAGUUGUUAAGCAUUGGGUACAAUGAUCUUGGCGUUGGCGAGGUUAAGUUUCCUGAAAACCUUUUGCAAAGAAAUGAAAGUUUAGGUGGGGAGAGUAGUCUUCAGAGCAAAGGAAGGAGGAGUUCUUUACCUCUCUCUCUCAAGUAUAAGAAGGUCAUGAAUGAAAGGUCUACUAGCCCGGAAUUGGAUUUGAUUUCUAAGGUUGUGGAGGAACAGACAGGGCAAGAAAUGUAUGACCAGAUGUCUGAUCAAGGCAACAAGGCUGAUAACUCGACUCCUGGAGGCAUCAGUUCUUACUGGGAGCAAAUCAGGAAAUUAGACGUACGGGUGAAAGAGAUAGUUGGAGCUAACUAUGAAAAUUCCAGGAGUGGGACUCAGUCCCCUUCAUCUGUUUCUUCUCAGAUAAGUGCAGGUUUAUGUUAUCUCUCUAACUCGGGUAAUCAACAGAAUGGAAAACGGACGUUCUCACCAGAAAUAAGCAUUUGCAAUCCAUGCGAGCGAAAUAAAGUAGCUGUUUUGGAUGAAACUGACCGGACUGAAUGCUCUAAAAAUAAUGUAGCCGGUGAUUAUUCUUUUUCUCCAAACGUACAUGAUGUCUUUGAAGUCCCUCAAGUUGAUCAAACCAUCAAAUCUUGUGAAUCACUGGAAAAAUGUGGAAAAGAAGACGUUGUUCAUCCAGAAGCUGCUAAAGUUUAUGCAAGAGACGAGCCCAACCAGCUGAAGAAAGUGUUGCAAUCCAAAUACUUUUGCAAACCGAGUGGUGCUGCUGAUAUUGACUGCCAGUUGGCUGUUGUCGAGCCAAGAGCUAGUGUUUCUGAAACUCUACCCCUACCUAAUCAACUUACCCGGACAUCUGAGAUUCUUGAAGCUGAGGGGCUGGGAGAAUAUACGAACAGAGAGGAAGAAUUGAAAUUGUUGAGAGACAUCAAAGAGCUGCUGAAUUCGUUGCACGAUGAGAUUAGGAGUCGGAAAGUAAAGAAAUCCUCAACAAGAGACGAGCCAUCCUUACGUCCUCUCCAAGAGGCUAUGCUUUACUUCUGGCUUUGAUCCAGCAGGAAAUGUUUAGGACAGAACCGAUGCUGUCUCCCCUACAUGCUGUACAUAUUCUUCAUCAUUGACACCUGAUUCUGUAAGAAAAAAAUGUGUGCAUCCUUUAAUUGUCAUUGAUGGAAUUGUCGAUUUUCUAUUUCCUUUUUUGGUGCUGAGGAUUGAUUUCAACUCCACAGUAUUCUUUAUACGGAUGAAUAGCUUGGUAGUUUUGACCUUUCUUCACACAAGAGAACAGAUUCUUCACACUUUCAGAUGUAUGUCCAAUACUUUGUAUGAACAAUGUCCAGAUUUGAGGUAUCUCUGAUAUUAAAACAGGGUUGUGCUGUUUUAGUUCGUUCCUUGUUUAAGUUCUACUGCUUGAGAUUCAGCCUACGUUGUAUCAGUUGUCGGUUUCCAUCGAGCAUUAAUCCAAUAGAUUGUCUUGUUUUUAGUUGAUGCUGAAUGUCAAAUGAGACUAAUAAUGUGAAAAAUACAUGUUUAAGACUAAGCUUUUCCUAAUAUAUUUCAGUUACUUAUGCAGUCUGUUUGAAUACUUACACAGAGACGAAUGCAUCCUUGGAGUUGAUGUUUUUAUUAGACAGAAUAAACAACAUGAUUAAUAGAAAUACCACUAAUUAUAACUGUAAUUCUUCAAACCAUAGUGGUAUUACAACUAUUGUUCUUAAAACAUAUAAUUGUGAUCCAGAAUCAAUGUCUAAUCACUUAAAAAACAUCGAAAUCUUCUGCAUCAACCCUCCCACAACCAUGAGCUAGCCGUCUUCCAGCUCAGGAAAAAAGCAUCAAACUGAACAAGUGGAGAAAAACUAUAAAUCACUCACUAGUUCAAGUUUUGGCAUCGAGUUUCCUGAUAGAUACGACUUGAUUAGAGUUAACGCUUGCUUCGGUUUGUGCAAGGGAACUUCAUGGCCUGCUCCU